AUGAUUUUUCUUGGCGAGUUGGUCUGUGAGGGAUGCCGGAAGAUUAUCUCCUACCCGCUAGGGGCCAUCAGCUGCCGCUGCCGCAACUGCAACACCGUCAAUGCAGCGCAGAAUAUGCACCUUGAGUGCGGCUGCUGCGGCCAGUCCAUUCUCGUGCCCAUUAACACUCUGACAUUUCUCUGUCCCUGCUGCGCCACCGUGACGGACAUUCCGCAGUCCCUCCUGCCGCUUCUCGAGGAGCCGGUGGAUUCGGGUAUGCACGGGGAUCAGGCGCGUAAGACAAUCUACGUCACGUACCCGCAACCAGGCUCCCACAAGGGCGAUGUGAAGGAAGGGGAACAACGUCACAAGUCCCGCGAGGAGGAGGGGUCGACGGCUGAAGAGGAAGAGUCCUCAGUGAAUGAGGAGGAGGAGGGUCAUCAGCGGCGGCGACUGCGACAACGAAAGUCGCCACCCGUAGUGGUGGUGGGGACGCGAAUACUUUGA